ACUUAUCCAAAGAACCAUCUCAAAGAAUACACAAAGGUGCUGACAUUUUUGGUGCACAUUUCAAACAGAUAAUCAACAAAACUUUUGCUCAAAGAACGGCCAGUCAUGGCCUCUUCACUACGCUUCAACUUUUCUAUUCCAAGCACCAUCUGCAAGUCGGCAAAGCCCAGAUUUCAGAGAACCAAAAUUCGCUGCAUAGGAUGGGACCCGGAAGGCGUUCUAGGACCUCCGCAGUCAGGGCACAUAGCGAGGCUAGAGUUCAAGAAACGCCUUGAGAAGGAUUCUGAGGCCCGAGAAGCUUUCGAACGCCAGGUCCGCGAAGAGAAGGAGCGUAUGCGAGCUCUUCGUGAGUCUCGGGUGAUACCAGAUACUAUAGAAAAGUUGGUUGAGUAUUUUCUUGAUACUGAAGCUCAGGAGAUCGAAUUCGAGAUUGCAAGAUUGAGGCCUCGGUUGAAUGAAGAAUUUUUCUCUCACCUGAAACUUGAGUUAGGAAAACUGAGAUUUGCUGUGUCCAAGACUCAGGAUAUGGAAGACAGAGUAAUAGAGCUGGAAGCACUGCAGAAAGCCCUGCAGGAAGGAAUAGAAGCAUAUGAUAGAAUGCAAUCUGAGCUCGUAUCAGCAAGGAAGAACUUGAUGAAGCUUUUUACAUCAGAUGAUGUCAAGGCUACGUUACUGGACUUGGUUGAGCAGAAUGAACUGAAUAGAUCCUUGUUGACUCUUCUUGAUGAAAAUAUUGCAAAUGCAUAUCAGGGGAACCAGAUACAAGCUGCAGAAUACAUGGAAAAGAUUCGUGGGGCUAUGCUGAAGUAUAUAACGGUGUAAUCUAUGUACAUUUGGUAAAUGCUACAAUAUAUUCAUCCUUAGCUGAGAGUUUGAUUUUCUUGAAGUCUAACUUAGCUCGGCUUCUUCUCAAUCAUCUGAUAGUAGUUUUGGUUGCCUCAUGAGAGAAACAUUGUUCUUGGGGAUGUUAUACCUCUAUAUUGAUCACAAAAUAAAAAUUCAGGAUCUCGAAUAAUUUCACGACGGGAAA